GAUGAAGCUACAAACUGCAAACUGCAAUCAAGACCUUCCAUCAUUUUGCGUUGGGAAAGGGGAUACUGCUCUACUUGCUGGAAGCCGCACUGCUUUCAAUACUUCAUUAUCCUUCUCGAUACGAUAGUGCUGAUCCGCGGGACACUGCUCCAGAAGGGGCCCGGGCAGUUUUAGUUCUGUUGCGUUUCGAACAUUUUCUUCUUGUACUUUGUAGGUCGAAUUCUUUUUCAUAUUUUUUUAGUUGAAUCUGAGAUCGUGAGCAGCAGCAUCAAUGGAGGCUGAGGCAAGUAGUGGUGAUGAUCAUGACCAGCUUGUAGCGCAGUACCAGGCCUUCACGGGUAGGGAGGACAUGGGUGAGUGCCGUCGCGUGCUGGAAGCCCACGGUUGGAAUGUCGAAAUGGCCGUCCAGGACACGUUCAACGAGCAGGAGGGCAAGGCGCCGGUCUACGGUCACAACCAGCAUCCGUACGCACCCGAGACGGCCGGAGAGCCGAGUCCACCGUCCGCCAUAGCCGGAAUUGACGGCCAGGACGACAUGCCAGCACAGCUGCUGCGUCACAGACGAGCUGUGGCGGACGCUGCAGCAGCAGCUCGCUCGACGCCACUGGCCAGAGGGAUGGGUCGAGGCGACCGCCAUCAGCCGCUGUCAGCACCGCAGCGACCAGCCGCAGGAUGGAUGCAGUGGUGUUGGAAUGUAGUCAGUUCGCCGUUUCGACUGUUUCAAAGCGGCAUAUGGUUUGUGGCGCGGUUCGUGUACACCUUGCUGACAGGCGCCGGAAUGCUGCUGGACGUGCCAGACCCCGAGGGUGACGUGCGUAAGUUUGUCGAAGAGUUUGGCCGGCGGUACGGCGGGCCGGACAGCCCGCACGUGCCCAACUUCAUGGUCUGCAGCUAUGCGCAGGCUAUCCGCCGCGCCAAGGAAGAAGUCAAGCUACUGUUGGUGUAUUGCCACGACGGACAGAAUCAAAGCACGCCGGCGAUAUGUCGCGACGUGUUGUGCUCGGAAGAAGUGGCCACGUUUGUCAACGACAACAUGCUGGUGUUCGGCGUCGGCAUGGAGUCGCCGGAGGGCCGUCGCGUCUCCGUGACGAUACGCAAUUGGGGCCAGCCGAUGCUGUGCACUCUGGCGUACCGCCAUGGCAACAGCCUGGUGGCGCUUCAGCGCAUCCCGCUGCCGCAGCUGGAGUCUCGCGGCACCGUGCUGGCUGCGCUCACCAUGCUAGUGGAGUCGCAGCGCGCAGACAUUGCCCAGCAACGCGUCAACCUGGAGCGCAUCAGCCAGGAUCGGCUGAUCCGUGAGCAGCAGGAGCGUGAGUACAACGAGUCGCUGCAGCGCGAUCGCGAGCGCGAGCUCAGGUUGCAGGCGCAGCGCGACGCCGCCGAGCAGCAGCUGGCCGAGCGUGAACUGCGCAAGCGCAAUCGCCUGGAGCGAGCAGAGACGCUACGCCGCAGUCGCCAGCAGGCCGCCGAUAGCUUGCUCGCAGAGCCGGCCGCGGUUGACGGUAACGUGGUGCGACUCAGCAUUCGUCUGCCGGACAACACGCGGCUCGAGCGUCGCUUCCUCGGCACUGAGUCCCUAUCGACCGUGCACAGCUUUGUAUUCAGUCACGAGGAGGCACCGGCACAGUUCACUAUGCUUACCACCUACCCGAAACGCGAGCUGGUCUCCACCGGAGAGAACGUUCAAUGCAUCGUCGCGGCCGGCCUGGCCCCGGCGGCCGUGCUUGUCGUGAGAGACGAGGACGUGGACAGCAGCGGCAGCGAGGACGAAGCCGAUGAAGACGAAAUCGCGUGAUGAACAGGCGCGAAUCAUGGUGCCAUCCAGGGAAGGCGCGUGUGUGUGUGUGCAUUCGCGCAUGUAUGGGUGUGGGUGUACGUUUAUACGGCUGGAUGGCUUGCUUCAGUCCUUUCAGAUCUAGGCCAAGUAUACAUGGAUGUAGCUACUCUGGUGGAUUGCUGAUCCUCUUGUCCGUGUAGAGGUACAGUGUUGUUUAUCUCAUUGUACUAUAAACACCAGUGGAAUCCUCUGCUCUUUGUGACCACUGUCGAGCACACGCACUGUUGCAAUUCGAUUGGCAACUUGUGGAUGUGUCCCCGUGUAUAUUGUAUAAUAUUGUAGUUUAGAACGUUCGCGUGUGCGUGUGUGUGCGUGCGUUUGUUCUGCACGCGUCUGUGUCCGCGUAUCCCACACCGAAGCAUGUACACAGUAUUUCACUAUCAUUCUGCCGUUGAUCCAGCAAGCCCUAUGCUAUCUCAUCCUAUUUGAAUUUGGCGACAUUUCUUCGUGUUUGUUUGCUGCCAUCCUCUGUCUAGUGUGGCCACCAUCUUGCAUUCACCUUCCUGCACUGUACAUGCUGGAGCAAGCUGCUAUUAUCAGGGAGCAGGCUGCUGUAUAAGGGAGCAAGCUGCUAUACAUGGUUAUACCAAGCUUGAUCAGUCCGACCAACCUCUCUACAAGUCCGAACAUUGCUCGACUGUCUUUAAGUGUUUUGUGAGCCGUUUUCUUCGUACGCUGGCACCACCUCAGUACUUUGACUGUUUUUUUAUCCCCACGCCUCGCCAUUGUCAGUUGUCUUGUAGUUGCUCUGUUUUGCGUACCGUUCAGGUGGAGCCAUGUCCUAUUCGAAAAGUCUAAAGUGAUCUUUUUAUUCUCUCUUAA